AGAUGACGUUUGAGCUGUAGCCGCUAUGGGAUGUAGCUGACAGGAGAAACGCUGAAUUCAAGAACUAGUGGAUGGACAGAAGCUGGAAUCAAUGAAAAGAUGCUGGAGUCCUACGUCACGCCGCUCUUGAUGAGCUAUGUGAACAAGUACAUAAAGAACCUGAAGCCAUCUGACCUACAGCUUUCUCUAUGGGGAGGGGACGUGGUGCUCAGCAAGCUGGACCUGAAGCUGGAUGUGCUGGAGCAGGAGUUGAAGUUACCAUUUACGUUCAUGAGUGGCCAUAUCCAUGAGCUACGGAUCCAUGUACCCUGGACCAAGCUGGGCUCUGAGCCUGUUGUCAUCACCAUCAACACCAUGGAGUGCAUCCUCAAGUUAAAAGAUGGAGCACAGGAUGACCAUGACAGCUGCUCCAGCUCCACCAGUCGCAGUGUCUCUGAUGGCUCCAAGUCCACAACAAAACCUCGCCGUCUCCAACAAGCAGCUCCCAGCGACCCAGACCUACCACCAGGUUAUGUGCAGAGUCUAAUCAGACGCGUGGUGAACAACGUGAACAUCGUGGUGAACAACCUGAUUCUCAAAUAUGUUGAAGACGACAUUGUGCUUUCGGUCAACAUUACUGCAGCAGAGUGCUACACUGUGGAUGACAUCUGGGAGAGGGCUUUCAUGGACAUAACUGCUCCAGAACUGGUCCUGAGAAAAGUGAUAAACUUUGCUGACUGCACUGUGUGCUUGGACAAAAGGAAUGCUAGCGGCAAGAUCGAGUUUUACCAGGACCCCUUGUUAUACAAAUGCUCCUUCAGAACGCGCCUCCAUUUCACUUAUGACAACAUCAACUCCAAGAUCCCCUCUGUCAUCAAAAUUCACACAAUGGUGGAGAGCUUGAAAUUAUCCAUCACUGACCAGCAGCUGCCCAUGUUUAUCCGAAUCUUAGAGCUGAUUAUUGCUCUUUACUAUGGAGAAAUAGGAGGACACAAAGAAAGUGAGGGAGAAGAAGGCACGGGUCAUGUAAGGGAAGGCGGAGCAAGUUCACCUGGUACCGAUGUUGAAAUGGAAAGUUUGGGAUCUAGUCCGUAUUCCAGCCAGGACCUCUACACGGAGGGUGGGAGUCCUGAAGAUCCAGAUCAGGGUUGGAUGUCCUGGGCUUGGUCCUUCGUCCCAGCCAUCGUAGGCGCAGAGGAAGAAGGGGAGGGAGGCCUCUACAUGCAGGGGGACACAGAAGGCAUUUCCAACUACCCUCAGCAGCACACAUUGAAGGACCCUAUUGUCUCUAUUGGCUUCUACUGCACUAAAGCUUCCAUCACCUUUAAGCUGACAGAUACACAGUCAGAGAGCAGCUACUACAGUCCGCAGAAAGUCAAGUCCAGAGAGGUUCUGUGUAUGGAGCAAGAGGGAAUCACUAUUGAGGUACUCAUGAUGGGGGAACCCUUCUUCAACUGUCAGAUUGGCUUUGUCGGCUGUCGGGCACUGUGCCUGAAAGGCAUCAUGGGAGUUCGAGACUUUGAAGAAAAUCUGAACAGGCGUGAAGAGGAUGCAGUGUUCUUCAGCUGUGGGGACAACCUAAAAAAUAAAGGGAUGACUUACCUUACCAACUCUCUGUUUGACUACCGCAGUCCAGAGAAUAAUGGAGUAAAAGCCGAGUUCAUCCUAGACUCUGCUAAUCACAAGGAGAGCUACACAGAGAUAGCAGGCAUGCAGCGCUUUGGGGCUUUCUAUAUGGAUUAUCUCUACACAAUGGAGAACAGCAGCUCCAAAGGUUCGCAGGACAUUUCUGGGCUACAUCCAGAGGAGUUGGUACCUGCAGUUCAAGAGACCUCCAUGAAGAGGCUGGUGGUUGGACCUCUUGACAUCCGGCUGCACAGUAGUGCAGCCCACCGUAUCCUCAAGAUGAUCACCUGUGCCAUGGAUCACGAAUAUGAGCCUUAUUGCAAACCACAGCAAGAAGCUAUUGAGGCGAGCCAUGGUCCAGUUAGUCCAGAGGAGAUCUCCCGUCUAGAGGAGUUCAUCCCGACCAGACUCACUUCUGUCACGCUGCUCCAAGUCUCCGUUACCGUCUCCAUGGCAGAGUUCAACCUUCUUCACACACUUAUUCCUGUCAUCUUGGGAUAUAAGGCUGCACCAAGACCAAUCUCUGUGCCAGUGUUUCAGCCACUGCACCCCCUACCGUCCAUGCAGUUUCAGGUUGAAAGGGUGAAUUUUGACCACUCUGUUCCAAUGUAUGGUCCAGAGCUGGUCAGUACUGUCAGUAGCCUUAGCCAGCCCCCAGACAACCUGCUCCACCACUGCUACUCACAUCUCUACCUCAAGGUUUUUGGGUUCCAGGCAGGCUUAACAUGCCAGGACCGCAUGGGAAGCUUCCUGCCUCUCAUCUCCAUCAUCCCUUCUUUCAGCACAGCAAUCUAUGGAAAGCUCAUACAGUUGCCUGCUUAUUGGAGCAAAAGGUCAUCAGUCCCCACCUCAGAGUGCAUUUUUGAGCUUCCGCAUUUUGCUGUACAGGCCACAAGGCCUCAGACACUUUUGCUUCAAGCAAUCUGUCAGAGCUGGACCCACAGUAUGGUGAAUGGAUCCUCAGUGCCAAUCAGUGAAAGUCUGCUUAAUGAGGUGUUCAAAGCUCCAGGUGUGAAAUAUCCAGGCCCGUCACCGAUUCUCGAGGGCUUGAUCCAAAAUCUGGAGCUGAAGUUCUGCAGCCGUGCGAUGGUGAAAUGUGCCUCAGGAACUGUGGGAGCUGUAAAAGUGUGCGCCAGGACCCCAGGUUCAGAGGAGGGCAAAAAGGAAAAGCUGGUUCCACUUAUUCAGGGCCCUUCUGACACCAAAGAGCUCCACAUGAGUCGCUGGCUUAAUGAGAUUCGCAAGCCCGAAUCUUUAUUGGCGCCGGACCUGCUGGCAUUUUCUGUACAAGUGCCUCAGCAAGGAGAUGAUUGCAGGAACUCGGGUGCAGUCCUACUGGUCAGUGUCCAGGGUAUAGCUGUAAAUGUGGACCCAAUCAUCUGCACAUGGUUACUGUAUCAGCCUCACAGAGGGAGCAGCAGGAAACAGCAACAGAAUCCAGGUCCAGUUCCUCUCGUCAAGAGGAGAGAAGACGAAGUGUCUGUGGGGAGUGCACCACUGGCCAAGCAGCCCUCCAAUCAGGCCUCAGACUAUGCUAGCAGCCCCAUGAAGACCAAAACAGUGACAGAAUCACGUCCCAUGUCCAUCCCAAUGAAGGUGAUACCAGAGACUGCAGCCGAGGAGUCCUGGACGACUUCUGAGGAGCGAAUGAAGGAACUCUUCAGUCAUGCCUGGGAUGCUGUAAAGCGACUUACUCUCCAGCUGGAUCUCCAGUCAUGCUGUGUGUUCCUGCCUAAUGACAGCCUCCCUUCUCCCAGCACCAUCAUCUGUGGAGACAUACCUGGUACCGUCCGCAGCUGGUACCACAACCAGGCCUCUAUGCCCGGAACUCUGGUCAUCUGCCUGCCCCAAAUAAGCGUCCUCAGUGCUGGGCACAAGUACAUGGAGCCCCUGCAGGAGCUCCCCUUCGUGGUCUCAAAGCCCAUUUUAGAGGAAGGUGAUGCCUUCCCGUGGACCAUAAGCCUGGGUCAGUUCAGUGUUUACACAUUGUUGGGAAAGCAGCAGAGUCUUAGCCUGUUGGAGCCCAUGGGAUGCACCUCCACACUGGCUGUCACAUCUAAACUGCAGGGCAGCUUGGAGGAGCGACCCUCCUUUGUGGUCUGUCUCCAUGUUGACCUGCAGCCCGUCCAUGUCAAGAGCUCUAACUCUCAGGUGCAGCUUUUAUAUGAGAUCUUCCUCAGCUGGAGCUGUACAUGGGCACGUCUGCAGAAGCACGGUAUUCUGCGUCAGACGUCCAGCAUCCCAGACCCCCCUGCCGGCGCUGCUCCGUCCUCCCCAGUGCGCAGCAGUGCAGGCACGGCUCUCCCCGACACCAGCACCUGCAGCCCCUCUGCAGACUUUGGCUCCCCCACUGAGGGUGACUCGGUGCCUGCUGGAGAUGAUGGUCCAUUCGCAGACACAGUGACUCUGGAGCAAAAAACCAGCAGCAUUGAGGGAACAAGUGGGAAGGUCAGCCUUUGGAUGCAAUGGAUGUUACCUAAAGUCACAAUUCAACUCUUUGCUGCUGAUCCGACUGCAAGAAAGACAGAAAUCUGUGUCCUCAGUGAAUUAGAAGACCUGAGUGCGUCUGUAGAUAUCCAGGAUGUCUACACAAAGAUCAAAUGUAAAGUUGGCAGCUUCAACAUUGAUCACUACCGAUGCAGUAUGGAGGAGGGUGUUCGGACCUCGGGCAGCUGUGGAGGAGUGGUCCUCUCUUGCACUGACAAGCUGAACAGACGCACUGUGUUGGUUCGACCCGUCAGCAAGCAAAGCUCUUUCAGCCACUUCUCUGGCUUUUCCCCUCCUAUGGCAGCUAAAAUCCUGGAAGGUUCUCAUCAGCAGCAUGGUUUCCUUUCGAUUACCUACACCCAAGCUGUGACCAAAAACGUCCGGCACAAGCUGACCUCCCGCCUGGAGCGGCCGUCGCGCAGCAGCAUGACCACUCCGAGCCAGAGGACGGCCAGCGACCCGCUGGCAGACAGCUCGCCUCAGUACCUGAGGGAGAUCCUGCUGACGGCACAACCCUUUGAUGUGGUGUUAUUUUGUCCCUUGCUGGCUACUGUAGCAGGGGUAUUUCAGACUACAGUUCCCAGGCGCUACAGAGAGCGAGGGAAGUCUGCAGGUCAGCCAAUGCGGAGCCACACAUUGACGUCCAGGUGUUUGCCUCUCAUUUACAUCAACACCAGUGUGAUCCGAGUCUUCUGCCAUGGCACGCAAGACAGAAACGCAGCUUCAGAGUCCAGUGAGAAGAAGGAAGACACCCUCGUGUUAAAGCUGGGUUCCCUCAGCAUGGCUCCACAGGCUGACAACCCGCUGACCCGCACUGUGCUGCGAAAAGAUAUCUAUCAGCGUGCACUGAACCUGGGCAUUCUGCGUGACCCAGGUUCAGAGGUGGAGGACCGACAGUAUCAGAUUGAUCUCCAGUCUAUCAACAUCGGUACUGCUCUGUGGGAGCAGCUCAAGCCGGAGAAGGAGGGAGCUAAAGGAGGGGCGUCGGCAGAAAGUGAGAGGAGCUCUCAGAACCCAGCCCUGGAGUGGAACAUGGCGAGCAGCAUCAGACGCCAGCAGGAGCGGAGAGCGAUACUGACGCCAAUCUUGACGGACUUCUCUGUCCGGGUCACUGCUGCUCCUGCCAUCAUCUUCAGCAAAAAUCUCUCUCUGGAUGGUGGACAGACAGAGGAAGUGGUGGUGUGUGGCCACUCUCUGGAGGUGAAUGUGACCAGCAAUCUGGAUUUCUACCUCAGCGUUGCGCAGGUGCAGCUCCUUCAGCAGCUCCUCAGAGACAACCUGGUGGGCUCGAAUGCUUCAGAGAAAGGUUCUGAGGUAAGGAGACAAGAGCAAAAGGGAGUCCAUCCAGAUCCUUUAGGCAGUGGGGACUCUUCAUCACGCCACAGUGGGACGGGACAGGACAGUGGCUUUGGCAGUGACAGUACCCGCAUUCGCAUCGUCCAAAUAGAGCAGCAAAGUGGGACCAGCCAUCACUGCAUUGCGAGGCCUUCUCGCAAGUCCACCAUCACUAAGAACCUCACUUUCAUCCCUUUUGACAUCUUUCUCACUGCCAGUAAGCUAUCUGUUAUGACCUACGCUUGUUCGAGUACCCCAAAGGCUCUCACUACAUUGGUUGAUACACCAAGCACACCAGAGAAGAAGGAACCUGAGGAUAAGGUGGGAAAGAGCAUCCUUAAUCAUCCUGAGAUCAUAUCGGACUCCCCACCGGUCUCGCCUUCACCAACCCCUGAUCAAACCCCAGCUGCCCAGGGUUCACUGGCUGGGCUGACUGCAGAUGACAUCCUGAACAGCAACACCUCUCAGCCACCUUCUCCACUCAUAAAAGGAAGCUUGCUCUCACUUGACGGUCUACCCACUCCAACCCGUUCCUCGGCUCGCCAAGCCCUGGGUGUUACCAUAGUGAGGCAGCCAGGGAGACGAGGGACAGGGGAUCAGGUGUUGGAACCCCUGUUGUACGUGCAGCUUAUGCAGCCUUCCGUUCUGCUUAGCUGCCACCAUCGAAAGCAAAAGAUGGAGCUGUCUGUUUUUGACGUGGCGUUGAGAGGAGUACCUUCUGACUACAAGUGCCAAGACCCAGGAAAAACUCUCCCAGAGACCCUGGACUACAACGUCUGCUGGGUGCAGACGGUGGCUGCAGAGGUUGACAGUAAAACAGGUGUGCCUCCUCCUCUGCUCUGCUUUCAGAUCAAAGAUUUCCUCAACGGACCAGCGGAGCUAAACGUGGAGCUGUGUCGUCCCCUGAAAAUCAGUCCCACUCUGAUGAAAAUGGAGCAGGCCAAAGCCUACCUGCAGAAGGUCCUGCCAAACUACACAUGGGAAAGCUCCAGCAAAACACCGUCUGCCUUCUCCACUCCUCACUCAUCUCCAAAAAAGUCAGCACAGCGAGCCUUUCCCCCCCGAUUAGACCCACACCACGAAGCAUCAGCCCUGGGUAGAGCUAGCCCAGCCACAUCUCUGACCUUCCACAAAGUCUCAGUGCACACAGCACAAAUUGUCGUAGUCAUGGAGACAGAGGCCUGUCCAAUGAAGCCCAGCGUUACGGUAUCUGUGUCGGCUAUGACGUCUUGUCUCACGAUGAAGUCAGGGCCUCGGAUAGACGACCCAGUCGAGUCUGCGUCUGUGCUGUUGACGGUGAAAGACGCGCUGGUGAAAACGGGACUGCGGGACCGGGGCCACGUGUUCCUGGGGCCGUUUUCCUGCAGCAGCUCCCUGGAAGCUCGGUGGUGCCGGCACAGCGGCAGCCCUGGACCAGAGCCCGGCCCCCCUAAGCUGCUUCUGGACCUGAAGGGAGGUCUCCUGCAGGUCUUUUGGGGUCAGGAACAUUUGAACUGCCUGAUGCUGGUUGAAGAGCAUCUUCGUAACUACCUCCAUCUUCAUAAAGAGGAUUCUAACAAUAGCUGGUCUAAGGGAAAGGCCUGUCACACCCAGCCUCCCCCCUCUCCCGUCGCUCCCUCCCCCAGGACAGAGCAUAGCUCAGAUGACCUGCGCACUGGAAACUUUCAGUACAUUCAAGACUCAGGAUCCCAGAAGCUGCCGGGACCCCAUGAGGUUGUGUUCUACAGCGAGACCGAAGACAGCCCCGGGGUGAUGCUGUGGCGGUACCCCGAGCCGCGCGUCCUCACCUUUGUCAGGAUCACGCCUGUCCCCUUCAACACCACCGAGGACCCUGAAAUAAGCACGGCUGACCUGGGUGACGUCCUACAGGUACCAUGCAGUCUGGAGUACUGGGACGAGCUCCAGCAAGCCUUUGUCCCUUACAGGGAGUUCAGCCUGUCAGAAAGCUGUUCCUGCCAGCUGCAGCUGCCCAGCCUCAGCCUCACUGAUCAACAGAAGGAGCUGGUGGCCUCAGACCUCUGGAGGAUCGUGCUCAACCACAACGGAGAAGGCGGAGAUGAGCAGAGUUCGGACAGUGAGUGUGGCUCCCAGCUCCCGUGUGAUCAGCUGGUGUCCCCCAUUGCGUUGGCAGCCUGCACCCGUGUGGACUCCUGUUUCGCUCCCUGGUUCGUCCCGUCGCUGGGCGUGUCCUUGCAGCUAGCGCAGCUGGAAGUUCACCUCUGCCACCACCUGGAGCAGCUGGGAACAGUUGCAUCAAGGAAACUUCAUCCCUUCCUGCCAGACAGGAAGUUACCUCAAGAACAGGAGUUCAUGGUGAUUGGUUCUCGGGAGCCCCAGGUGUUCAUGCGCCAGUGGAGCAACGGACCUCGUCACUGUCAGGAGAUGAGCUUUUCCACACGGCUGGACUGCAGACUGCUGGAGUAUCGAAACCUAACCCACCUGCAGCUGCUCCAGUCCUGUGCACUGCAGGGACAGGCCACUGCCAUCAGCUGCCCCCAGAACAGCUCUUUAACUGUCAAUGUGUUUGUGGAUCCCAUGUUCCUCAACAUUAGCCAGUAUGCCAUCCAUACUGUGGACACUGCACUGCUCAGCUGGCAACAGAAUGGGAACCAAGACGCAGAGGAGCUGCUGUACAGUCACUACGUGAUCUGCAAUGACACAAAUGAGACGCUGCGUUUUGGUCAGGUGGACACGGAUGAGAACGUUCUGCUGGCCAGCCUCCACAGCCACCAGUACAGCUGGAGGUCCCACAAGUCUCCUCAGCUGUUGCACAUCUGCAUCGAGGGCUGGGGGAACUGGCGCUGGUCCGAGCCGUUCAGCGUGGACAACGUCGGAACGCUGCUCCGGACCAUUCAGUACAAAGGACGCACCGCCUCCCUCAUCAUCAAGGUGCUGCAGCUCAAUGGCGUCCAGAAGCAGAUAAUAAUCUGCGGACGGCAGGUGAUGUGCAGCUACCUGACGCAGGACAUCGAGCUGCGAGUCGUUCAGCACUAUGUGGGAGCCGACAGUCAGACGGUGGUCAGGGAGCAUUGUGACUGCCUGGAAGCAGGGGCCAAACUUCCCUCCUACGUGCUGGAAGACGCAGAGAUGACCGAGCUUUGCAUGAGAGCACGCGGAGACGAAGACUGGUCGCAGGACGUAGAGCUGGAGCGGAGGGAGAAGGGCAGCAGCAGCAGCUCUGUUGUUCAGGUGGCCUGUUCCAGCGGCUCGUUGCUUUACGUCUGGUGUACUCUGAUUACCGUUGAGCCAGACUCACACAUGCAGCAGAGACUGGUGAUUUUCAGUCCACUUUUUGUCAUGAGGAGCCAUUUGCCAGAGCCACUAGUUGUCCACAUAGAGAAAAGGAGUCUAGGGCUGAAAGAAACUCAGCUAAUUCCUGGACAAGGCCACCAGGAACCUCUUUUAAACACCGAGGCAGAACUUACCCACCACCUGAUUUUCCAGGCCAGGGAGGAUAAGGAUGCGUCACACUGUGCCGUACCCAUCUCCACCGGUCUAAUCAAACAGAUAAUGAACAAGACAGGGAAUGAAGACAACCCGGAACACAUCCUGGCUGAUUUCUAUGGCCCCAAGACCACCACAGAGUCACCAUGGCCUUACGUCACCAAGGACACUGACAGGUCUGUGCUGGAGCCGCUUGCCCAGUGGGACAGUCCGAUGCAGGUGAAGCUGUCCCAGUGGAAACCUGGACUGAACACACUGCUGGUGGAACUGCUCCCCUGGGCUCUUAUGGUCAAUGACUCUCAGUGGGACCUGUGGCUUUUUGAGGGAGAGACCAUUGUACUGCAGAUACCAGCCGGCAAAGUCAUUGUACCCCCAAAUUUCAAGGAAGCUUUUCAGAUUGGCAUCUACUGGGCCCACACCAACACAGUGCACAAGUCCACGGCACUGAAGCUGGUUCACGAUCUGACCUCUCCUCGAUGGAAGGAGGGGACGAGCUCUGUGGUGGUCACCCUGGACGAGGAGGGAUACGUUGAAGUUGACAUCUCUCUGGGAGCCUUUCCUGGGAAACAGAAGGUGUGUCAGUUCUGUGUGUCCUCUGUAGUGAGGCACGGAGUCCAGAUCCUGCAGAUAGAGGAUAGAACCAUCCUGGUCAACAACACUCCUUACAGCAUCCACUACAGACCUCUGCUGACCAACCACACCUUAGGAGGAGGCGAACAGUUCUGUGAGGUACCAGAGAGCACCGUGUUCACCGUCCCUCCCUCAGACGGGUCGUCUCUGGCCAAGCCGUGCUCCGUGCCGUGCUGGGACCUCCUUCAGCCCGCUGUCCAGGGGUCGGUGGAGUUCCCUUUGCCUCUCAGACACAUGCUGUUCAGCCUGGUCUCAAAGCCUGACGCUGGAGCCGCAGACGCAGCGUGGAGCCUCCCUGCUCCGGUGAGACCAGACCUCCCCAGGCAGAGCCUGUCCAUACCUGUGGAUCAGGACUGUGGGCGUGGCCUGUGCAGCAGAGCCAUAGUGCUGACAUAUCAGGAACAUCUUGGAGUGACAUACAUCACGUUAAACGAGGACCCCUGUCCACGCAUGCUAGUUGAAAACAGGUGUCCUGUUCCACUGCUGCUUAAAGAGAACGUCAAAGAGACACCGAGGAGCGAGGUGUUCUGUCGCCCGCUGCCUGCUGACUCUUCCCUCCACCAUGAGCUCUAUCACCACUUCUCCAGCUUCCCAGAGUGCAGACAGAGAGAGCUGCUGCCCACCCUGCAGCUGAAGACCAGGUCAGAUAAAAGCGCCACCGACUGGACAGACCCCAUCGACAUCAACUCUCCCGGCACUCAGGUGGUGUUCCUGCCCAGCUUUGGCUGUCUGUACGUACAUGUGGCGUAUGAGAGAGGCACCUUGGUUCUGUCUCUGGCCCCAGAAGGCGGCGUGGAGGCCGUCAUCAACCAGCACAACAGAUCCUCCAAACUGUCUGUGAGGAUCCUCCUGAGUGAGGCCAGCGUCGUGAUAAGUGAUGACAUCACCAACCCCAGCGGCUCCAUGGAGCUGCUGAGGCUCACGCUGACCAAGCUACUGCUCAGCCUCGGUCCGGCACCCGCGUCUUUACCCCCCGAGCUGGCCGAAGACUCCGCCAUGGCUUCCUGCUCCCUCUCCGUUCUGAUGGCUGACGCGUCUCUGAUCGAGGUCUACUGCUACAGCCUGCAAGUCGACAACCAGCUGUACAACCGGACAAGUUUCCACUUCCCUGUCCUGCUGUGCCAAGAUCAGAGAGGGCCAUCUGAAACCGGGGGUGCAUGGAGCAUCGACGUCAAUCCCGGCAAUUCCCCCGAAGGGUUAGAGGAGUUCAAACGCUCCUGCUUCCUCCAGCUGAGGAUGACAUUGACUGGGGACCAGCGCACUGUGGAGGAGGUCAAUUUCCAGCUCCAGCCUGCCAGAGUUUACAUCGAGGACACUUUUGUUUACUACAUCAAGACGCUGUUCGACACGUACAUCCCCAGCAGGCCAGCGGAGGCCAAGAGGGGCAGAGAGCCUGGAGCUCUGAUCGUACCUGAGCAGAUGCUGCAGUCGGUGCAGGCGUUGGUUCACCCUGUGAGGCUGCAGAGGCUCUCCAUCCAGCCGGUCCACCUGCUGGUCAGCAUCCAUGCCUCCCUGAAGCUCUACAUCGCCUCAGACCACACGCCCCUGUCCUUCUCCGUGUUUGAAAGGGGGCCGGUGUUCACCACAGCCAGGCAGCUGGUUCACGCUUUAGCCAUGCACUACGCUGCUGGAGCGCUCUUCAGAGCUGGUUGGGUCGUGGGGUCCCUGGAGAUCCUCGGCAGUCCCGCCAGCCUGGUGCUCAGCAUCGGCAACGGCGUGUCCGACUUCUUCCGCCUCCCCUACGAGGGCCUCACCCGGGGGCCCGGGGCAUUUGUCAGCGGGGUCUCCAGAGGGACCACGUCGUUUGUUAAGCACAUCUCAAAAGGCACCUUGACAUCCAUCACUAACCUGGCCACCAGUCUGGCGCGGAACAUGGACCGCCUGUCCCUGGAUGAAGAGCACUACACCCGGCAGGAGGAGUGGAGACGGCAGCUUCCAGAGAGCCUGGGGGACGGACUGAGACAGGGACUGUCUCGCCUCGGAAUCAGCCUGUUAGGAGCCGUAGCCGGCAUCGUGGACCAACCCAUGCAGAACUUCCAGAAGAACUGGGAGACGCAGAGCUCAGCUGGGAGCAAAGCCAAGGGGGUGAUCUCUGGAGUGGGGAAAGGAAUUGUGGGUGUGUUCACCAAGCCCAUCGGAGGAGCAGCUGAACUGGUGUCACAAACUGGAUAUGGGAUCCUCCAUGGAGCGGGUCUGUGGCAGCUUCCUAAACAGCUCUACCUGCCCGCAGAAGAAAAGUCUGCUCUGGCCUCCAACAGCCACCUGAAAUAUGUCUGGAAGAUGCUGCAGUCUCUGGGGCGCCCGGAGCUCCACAUGGCCCUGGAGGUGACCAUAGUGAGCGGAUCGGGUCAGGAGCAUGCUGGCUGCCUGCUGCUCACCUCUGAGGUUCUGUUUGUGGUCAGCCUAUGUGAGGACACGCAGCAGCAGGCCUUCCCCAUCACAGAGGUGGAGUGUCAGCAGGAGCCAGAACAGCCGGGUCAACUCACACUCACCUUACAGCAGCAGACGCUGAGCAGCGACUCUGAGGGUGACGGCGUCCGGGAGCGUUUAUCAGAGCAGCAGUAUCAGCGGCUGGUGGAUUAUGUGAGCCGAGCCUCGCAGUUCGUCUCUCCGUCUGCCGCUGCUCUUCAGCUCCAGCCUCCAGUCACCCUUGCAGAACCCCCACCCUCUGUCACCAAGUGCUACCGCUACCUGGUGGAUCCUGCUUUUGCCAAGGUGUUUGUUAGUAAGUUCACUAUAGUGAAGAACAAAGCUCUACGCAUCGGAUUCCACUGAUAAAUCUGACUUAUGCGCCACAUUUAACGUUUGCCUUAAAACCCUUUCACUCUGUGCUUAAUUCCUAACAGUUACCAUGUGAACUAAUCCUUUUUUUAUGUAACUGGUCGCCUCAUGCCUUAGAGGUAAAGUUUUAGGAGUAAUAUUUUCUUACAGAAACGUGGAUCUAUGAAAAUCCUUCUGUUAAUGUAAGCUCUAAUGUUUGAGUGAGCAGGCAGAGUAGAGAAACACUACAGCAGAGUUUCAUCAAGUUAGUCUAAAAAAAACCUCAGUGUCAGAAGAAAUCUUCAAGCACUUUGAUGUUUCAUUCUUUCUGAAGCUGUUUGGAGUGCUUCAGGCUCUGUGUGUUGACAUUCUGUGAAUUAUCCCAUGCCAAUGUAAAGUGCAAUAUUUAUACAUGUUGAUGGACUCUAGAGAUACCAGCUGUUGACCAAAAGUUUUAACAUGCCUGUUUAAAAAUAAAAACACUGUUAUUUGUACCUUGUGUUCAUGCCAAACCCUACUGAUGCAAACACGUUGCCUUUUUUAUGGUGUCACUGAGCUCUCCAUGAAAUGUAAUUGUUGAUCUGAAACUUAGAAACUUAAUAAAAAAAUGUAAUUCA